AUGGCGGACCUGUCGAGCGAGUCGGAGGACGAGGGGAGCGACUGGGAGGAGGCGAAGCGAGGAGCCCGCCAUCUCGCCAAGUCCAGCCACCUCGGCCGGCGACCACGCUUCGACUCUCGCUCGCAAAGCGACGAUGCUGGAUUCCCUGCUACCACUUCAGCGCUCUGGACCGCUCACAAGCGCGCCGUCGUCGAGCGGUGGAUUGCGGAGUGGGCGUCCUCAUCGCUCCGUCGCCCCCUCGCCGACGUCGUCAAGACGGCGUCGACGGCUCACAAGUACUACAAUGGCCUCUCAAGGCGUCACGCAUCCCUCCUCUGCCGCCUACGCACCGACGCCUCCGCCCUCAACAAGCACUGCGCCCAUUUCGACUCGACCCGCUCCAACCUCUGCGAGUGCGGCGAGCACAUCCGGCUUCGCCAGACCCCUACCAUCGCCCUCCUGCUCGGCAACCCUGACUACUGCCUCCCCCUCCUCGACUUCAUCACCGCAACCGGCCGUUUUGCGCGCCUGACGGAGCCGGCAAAGGGCGAGGAGCAGGAGAAGGACACGAAGGAGGGAUGCGGCGACAGCGGGACGUAG